AUGUACGAGCAGAGGGAAAAGGGACUCAGAGCCAAACCCCAGGCAACCAAUCAGAGCCGGUUCGUCAGUAGACUGCCCUGCCUCAAGAAGACAGUGGCCACUGCUGUGACAGAGCAAAAGUCCGUGGAGUGUCUGGCAGGGAAGGAGGAAGUGAGGGAGCAGGUGAAGAAGAAGAGAGUGAUAGUGGAGAAGCAAACAAGCAGCACCCAGCAGACCAGGGAGCUCCCAGAGCUGGCCAAACUGCCCCCUGUGUCCUGCCCUGAGCAGGCCAUCCUGCAGGCCUUCAGGCUGCUCAGAGACGACGACUGGGAGCAGAAGAUCGAGGCCCUGACCUCCCUCAGGUCUCUGUCUCAGCACCACGCUGAGGUGCUGCUGCCCAGGCUGCAUGAUGUGUGUCUGGCCGUCUACCACGAGAACUGA